UUCUAUGGUCGUCAUUAUUGUCCGAUUUUUUCUUCAAAAUAAAACGAAAUAUAAAUUUUCCAGACUCUGUUGUUGCUUUAAUCCUGUGAAUUGAUUAGAAUAGUGAAGUUCUAAUUUCAUUCUUAUAUGGUUUCAUGUUAUGCACUGUUUAUAAGUCUUUGGCCGCUUAACAUUGGAAGGGUGAAAUCAUGAAGAUGAAACUGGUAGAUCAAGUAGUGAGAAGCUUCAGAGUGGCGAAAGUUUUCAGAGAGAAUACCGAUAAGAUAAAUAGUAUAGACUUUUCAGCAAAUGGUGAGACUCUCAUAUCCUGUAGUGAAGACGAUCAAAUUGUGAUAUAUGAUUGUGAGAAAGGAACACAAGUUCGGACUGUUAACAGUAAAAAGUAUGGUGUUGACUUGAUACACUUCACCCACGCCAGGGACACAGCUAUUCAUAGUUCUACAAAAGUUGAUGAUACUAUAAGGUAUUUGUCUUUGCACGACAAUAAAUACUUGAGGUAUUUCCCAGGACAUACAAAGAAAGUUGUUUCACUAUGUUUGUCCCCAGUUGAAGAUACAUUUUUAUCUGGUUCAUUAGAUAAAACUUUGAGACUGUGGGACCUGAGAUCCCCUAAUUGUCAAGGGCUUAUGCACUUAGCAGGGAGACCUGUAGCAGCAUUUGAUCCAGAGGGACUAAUCUUUGCUGCAGGUGUUAAUUCUGAGUGCAUAAAGUUAUAUGACCUGAGAUCAUUUGAUAAGGGGCCAUUUGUAACAUUCAAACUCACACAAGAGAAAGAAUGCGACUGGACUGGUUUAAAAUUUUCCCGUGAUGGCAAAACAAUUUUGAUAAGUACGAAUGGUUCAAUCAUUCGAUUGGUUGAUGCAUUUCAUGGUACUCCACUCCAAACUUUUGCUGGUCAUCUGAACAACAAAGGAAUUCCAAUUGAGGCUUCAUUCAGUCCCGAUUCUCAGUUUAUAUUCAGUGGAUCCACAGAUGGCAGAGUUCACGUUUGGAAUGCUGAUACAGGCUUCAAGGUCUGCGUUUUGAAUGCUGACCAUCCAGGGCCGGUACAAUGUGUGCAGUUCAACCCAAAAUUGAUGAUGUUGGCAUCUGCGUGCACCAACAUGGCUUUUUGGUUACCCACUGUUGAGGAAAGUUAAGGUAAUUUUUCUCAUUGAAAAAGUGGAUAGGAUUGAUUUUUCGAACAUACAUACAACGAUCGAUAAAACUACAGGUAUAUACGAUAAUAUUUCUUUUUCAAGAUUGGUAUGGAUCACGAAGGUUCCCAACCGAUAUUUUUGUCUUGAAGAUAAACCAGUCCAUUGUGCUUUGUUUCAAAUAAUUGAUCUCAAAUCUGCUUUUCGUUUUACAAUUUCGACCUUUCAUUUGGCACAUGGGAAAAAACCAAAGGAAAUGUAAUUUUAUCCACUAGAAUGGCAUUAAUUAUUGUAUCUGCAAUUGUUUGAAUACUUACCUUUAUGAAUAAUAAUGUGUAAAUAUAUUUUAAGAAAUCUGAAUUCAUAAUUUCCACAUAUAGAAUGUUAGUAUUAGUGUGAAAGAAAUACUAGUUGACAUUAAAUAAUUUUUUAUAUUUUA